AUGGGCAUUCCAAUCUGUGCCUGCAGAUACGUGCAGUACGAGAGCAGGCUUGAAGAGCUGAGGAAACUACGAAAGGAUGCAAUGGGACUGGAGGGCAAGCGGGGCCUGGCUGAUCACGGAAUGAUCCGGCGGAUCCACUUCAUAUAUCAGCGUGCCACGCAGAAGUUCAGGGGCGACAUGCGCCUCUGGUCAUCCUGGCUGCAGUUCUGCAAGGACUCCGGCAGCACACGCAAGCUCUCCCAAGUGGUGACCAAGGCGCUGCAGCUGCAUCCGCGCGAGGCAAGCCUGUGGAUCCAUGCGAGCGCAUGGGAGUUUGAGCACAACCGCAACGCCGGGGCCGCACGCGCGCUGAUGCAGCGGGGGCUGCGCAUGUGCCCUGGCAGCGCGGACCUUUGGGCAGAGUACUUUAGGAUGGAGCUGCUGUACGCGCACACGCUGCGCACGCGGCGCAAGAUCCUGGGCAUCGCCUCAGCAGGUGGCUUGGCUGGGGACGUGGAAGGGGUGCAGGCUGAGACGCCUGCAUCUGCUGGAGAGGAGUCAGAGGCAGCCGUGCAAAUGGUGCUGAACGGCGCGGUCGCGACGGUCGUAUUCAAGCAAGCGACGGCAGAGCUUUCAAAGGAGGCGGCCAUUCGCAAGAGGUUCCUGGACAUCCUUUCGGGCUUCUCAUUCCCGGGUGCAGCAUCGAUCGCUGAAGCCAUCUACAGCAGCUUGGAGGCGGACUUCCCCACCGAUGCAGAGGCUUGGGAUCUGCGCGCGAGGCGCUGGCUGACUCAGCAUCCGCCAGAGCAGCCGUCAGCUUCCACCAGCUCCCCAGAGGAGGCAGCUGUGGCUGUCUACGAGAGCGGGCUGGCAGCCACGCAGGGCGAGCAGAUGUAUGAUCUCUACAUGGCCUUCCUGACUGAGCAUCUGGACAAGCUGGCGCCUGCUGGAGGGGACUCGAGAAUUUCCCUCCCCAAGCUGAAGGGGCGGUCCAAGGAGCUCGCUAAAGCUCUCUUGGAGAAGGCGGCUUCAGAAGGCCGGGCUUCCGAGGCGCUGUUGCUAGAGUGGCCCAGGCUCGCGCUGAGAUUUGGACGCGUGAAGAAGGCCCUGGAGGCUGCGGCGCGCGCGUGCCAGAGCUGCCCCGGCUCUGCGGCUCUGUGGCAGCAGCGCUUGCUCCUGCAAGCCCAGCAGGCCUCUGCGCAGGGUACUGAUGCGAAUCGGGAGAGCGCACAAGCGUUGGCGCUGGAGGCGGUCAGGUCACUGCCGUGCUCUCAAGCGGCAGAGCUGUGGAUUGUGGGCUUCAGAACUCUGUCCUCCCUGUCCCUGCCGCUGGAUGGCCUUGUGAAUGAGCUCGUGCGGGUUCUCAGCGGCUCGGCAAAAGGGCGGCUCCGAGGAGGGAUGGGAGAGGCGGCAGCAGUGGCGGUACAGGCUGUGCGGGACACAUCUGGGCUGCCAGCAGCAAGGCAGCUGUAUCGGCGACUGCUGAAGAUACCGCCGGCUGGCGGCUCGCUGAUGCAUGCUGUGCUGGAUAUGGAGCUGGGGGCCUCAGCAGAAGAAGCCCUGAGCGCUGCAGAGCUCGACAGAGUCUGCGCCCUCUGCAUGACACUGACUACUGUCUGGGGGUGCAUGCAGGCGGCUGUGGAUGCCUACGGGUCAGAGGAUGAAGAUAUCUGGUUGAAAUAUGUGCAGAACAGGAUGCAGCAGGCAAAGAAUGUGGGAGACUUGCAUUGGCGGGCGACGAAAGCCCUGACUGAUCCUGAGACCUUCGUACAGAAGUAUCAUGACUUGCAACAUGCUUUUGUGUAG